CUCCCGAAGAAGCAUGUCCAUUUGAAAAAAAAAACACACAUUUUCUCCUCUUGUACAUAUAAAAAAAGUGGUGAAAACCAUCAAUCAAAGAAUCGAUCAUUUAUUCUAUUAUCUCUUUCUCAUUUCCUUUACAACACGUUAUCAGUCACGCUUUCUCCACAGAGCGCAAGAAGAUGAGGCCGACAGAGAACUCGACGGGAUCAGGACUUCAAUUCUUGCCGUUCAAAUCUCGCCGAGAAUCAAACAGGAACUCGCCAAGAACACAUCACUGGAGAAUUCACGGUCCCCAUCCAUGGACAAGAAUAGAAACGACGCCUGAAUCGACAGACGCCAUCACCGCCAUGGCCGUCGUUUCCACGAUGGUCGCGGUCGCCUCUUCAACACUGGCCAUGGCGCCAGCGGCGCUAGGGGCGCUGGGCGCGGCCGGCCCUCCGGCAUCGGCGGCGUUCGGCGCGACGCCCUCCAGUGGCGCACGGCCCCCGCGACGGCCGCGCCCUCCGGCGAAGACAGCGGGCGGCACAAGGGCCGGCGGCAUCCAGGGGCGGCGGCGGCGCCCAACAAUGGCGGCGGCGACGCUCGGCCGCAGCGCUGCAGCGUUAGGCGGCGGCCCUCGUCCGCGGCGCCCUCCGGCGCGCAGGCAGCGGCGGCCCAUCGGGCAAACGGCGCCUGCACCCGCAACCCCACCAUCAGCGGUCGGCACCCGCUCGGCCGGCAACGCCGGCGCGCACAUCGCGGGCGGACCGACGGCGCACGGCAAGGGCGGCGGCCGGCCCUCAGCCGCGGACGGGGACGCUCUGAGGCGGAUCCGGCGGCACACCCCACCGGCGGCGGUGCACACCGGCGAAGCCGGCAGGCGGCGGCGCCCCACCAAGGGGCCGGCAGCGGCGCAAGGCCAUGGCGCCGCUCGGGCGUGGCGGCGGUUGGGGCCAAGGGGUGCGGUGGCGCAUGCGCCCACUGAUGGCCCCCUUUCACUCGGGCCGAAUCAGGCCAGGCAGGCCGAGAUUGGGGCCAAGGGGUGCGGUGGCGCAUGCGCUCACUGAUGGCCCCCCUUUCACUCGGGCCGAAUCAGGCCAGGCAGGCCGAGACAGGCCGCCAACCGGCCUGCAGGCCGGCGCCCCUUCCAGGCUGGUCAUUCACAGGCCACGCCAACAGGCUGGGCCGAACCACAGGCCAACAGGCCAAACCAAAGCCGAGCACCCCGCAAUUUCACAAAUAGACCCCCGAAUUUACAUAUAUUUACAUGCUUUCGUAUAUUCUAUACUACAUGUUUAUAUUUGAAGCCUUUGAUUGUUCUAUUUUGGUCCUCAUACUAUUCUGAAUUUGCAUAAUUACUGUAAAUUGCUAUCUAGACUAUCAACUUUAGAAAUUAGCACCUAUGUAAUAUGGAUGCUACGAUUACCGCAGUAAUUGUAUGUUAUUGAUCCACAAAUUUCACAUUGGUUAUGCAAAUAUUAUUUUAGAAUAAUA